CUGCGUCGGAGCAGGACAAAGUCAUUGAGCAGGGUCGAUAGUCGGCCUCUGAGCGGAGCUGCCGGUGGAGCAGCGGAGACUUGAGUGGGCGCCUCCGCCAUUUUAGAGGGCCGCCAUGUUCUCGUCCGUCGUGCCGCUCGCCCGCCUAAAUCCAUUCCACGCGCCGCAUUUGCAGCUGCUCCAGGACGGCGUGAGGAAGCGCCCGGACCCCGCCGAGCCGCCCAGCCCCCGGAGGAGUCUGGCGGCCGCCGCUAUCGCGGAAGAGGAAUAUAGCUGUGCAUAUGGCUCAGGCAGAUUCUUUCUCCUUUGUGGCCUUGGUGGGAUUAUUAGCUGUGGCACAACACAUACAGCAUUGGUUCCCCUAGACCUGGUUAAAUGCAGGAUUCAGGUGGACCCACAAAAAUACAAAAGCAUCUUCAAUGGAUUCUCAGUUACAGUUAAAGAAGAUGGCGUUCGUGGUCUGGCUAAGGGAUGGGCUCCAACUUUCUUUGGAUAUUCUAUGCAAGGGCUCUGCAAAUUUGGUUUCUAUGAAGUGUUCAAAGUCCUGUAUGGCAACCUACUAGGAGAGGAAAACUCAUAUUUGUGGCGUACGUCACUAUACUUGGCUGCCUCUGCCAGUGCAGAGUUUUUUGCUGAUAUUGCUCUGGCUCCAAUGGAAGCUGCAAAGGUUCGCAUUCAAACACAGCCUGGAUAUGCUAACACUUUGAGACAAGCUGCUCCAAAAAUGUUUGCAGAAGAAGGUGUAUGGGCGUUCUACAAAGGAGUUGUUCCUUUAUGGAUGAGACAGAUUCCAUACACAAUGAUGAAAUUUGCCUGCUUUGAACGUACAGUUGAGGCUCUUUACAAGUAUGUGGUUCCCAAGCCCCGGAGUGAAUGUUCCAAGCCAGAACAAUUGGUUGUCACAUUUAUAGCUGGCUACAUUGCUGGUGUUUUCUGUGCCAUUGUUUCUCAUCCUGCUGACUCUGUGGUGUCUGUGCUGAACAAGGAAAAGGGCAGUUCGGCUUCACAGGUUCUAGUGAGGCUUGGAUUCAAAGGGGUAUGGAAGGGUCUGUUUGCCCGUAUUAUUAUGAUUGGUACGCUGACUGCACUACAGUGGUUCAUCUACGAUUCUGUCAAGGUUUAUUUCAGACUUCCUCGUCCACCUCCACCUGAAAUGCCAGAAUCCCUAAAGAAGAAGCUUGCUCUAACUGAAUAGACAAAUCAUGGACUGACUUUUCUGGUUGACCAGCAUUAAUGAGAAACUUCACUCAUUGAACUUUUAUAUAUUUGAUCAUGUAGGAGACUAAAAUUCUGUAUCUGAUACAAUUAUUGGUUGUGCCCUUAUCCCAAGUGAGGGUUCAAAAACUUCUGUUGUCACUAUCUGUUUAAAUAAAUGGGAACUAGAGUGAUUAGUGUCAUUUGAUAUCAUACAUGUAAAUUUAAAACUUUGCAAGAGUAAAUACUGUACCUUGAAUCUUAAGUGAGCCAAAAGUUUAGAAGCUCUUGAAAUGCAAGAACUGGCAUCUCAUAAAGGUCUCUAAGAAAGUCUCUCUCUCAGAUCUUGAGGGAAAUGGUAAGCACCAUGUCCCUAGUUAUGUCUGAAGAGCACAAAUGCAAUUAUAGGGAUACAAAGGUGGCAUAAAUUUGAAUUUUGCGUUCUAGUGACCUGGGGGCUGCUGACUGUGGGACAGUCUCUUGGAAUCAAUUUAUAAUAAUCUGGAGGAAGACACCAUAGCUUUGAGCAGCCAGCAGUCCUGACUGAAAUGGCAGCCAGGGAAGUGCAGCAUAGAGGCACCCUGUGGCAAUGAAGAGGUGGCAUCAGCCCCUUACAUAGUAGGUCUUUCACUUAUCAGUCCAGAUAACUUCUGCUGGCUUGUUGUCCAGAUUUUGCUUUUGGUGUGGUGCAUAAUCCAUAUGAUGUGUAGACUCUGUAUGACAGCCACCUAUUUCUGUGAUUCCCAACUUUAGUAAGGAGCAUUUUUCUUUCUUUCAACCCACCCAGGUGCAAAUUCAUAGGGGGGAGGUGAAUGGGGUCUCAGUCAUAGGCCAGUGUUCUUCUCCUUCUCCUUUGCUGCCACUGCCUCGACACCCCACUAAAGAUGCAUCAACCACCACAGUAGCACCCUCUGCUCCAGCACUUGCAACUCUAAUCCCAUCUUGGAGUAGAGGGGAGAACCCAGGGUGGCGGGGGAGGGGUUCUCCCCUCCACUCUUGUGUACUGUCUAGAGGGGAGCAAUUCUCUCCCCCCUUUUGUUGCUAGCAUUGGGAAUGGCAACCGGAUUUGAUUAUGCAUAUGCUGGCUUAGAAGUACAGAAAACUGCUUUCAUUUUAUGUAUAUCAAAGAUUAUGCCGUACCUGUCAAAUACACCUUUCCACUAGCACAGUAUUAGAAUUACUAGGUGUCUGCUUAAAUAAUGCUUCUAGUAUUUAUUUGGAAGUAUGUACUGUUUAAGAAUAAUAGUUUGGUUACAGACAAUAUGGAUAGCUGUAAUUCAUUUACCUUUCUAUCUAAAAAGAUGAUGCAGUGCACAAUGAUGACAAAAUAUAAUAAACAUCCAGCUUGGUUCUUAUAGUGAA